GUGAGAGUUUCCUGAUAAGUCAAUAACAUGAUUUCGUGUUUAUCAAGCGACGGUGAAAGUAAAUCAAGCUCAGGAUAAACUGGAAUAUACAUAUUUUAUUAUGUUGUAAUACCGAAAACUGGUGCAAAAAUUUCUCAUAAAGUCGGAGAAUGCCUAUCGAAAAUUCUGUUAUGGUUCUACCUCUUAGGCAAUCGCUGGCCACUGUAGGAGAUCCCAAUGGAUCAUUUUCUCUAAGUGCGGAAAGGAAGAAACAAGCUGAAGAAGAAUUAAACGAGACUCCUGAGAAUUUGAAACAGGAACUGUUUGCUUUACGUCAAAUGGUUCAAAAUGAUACAAAUUUAAAUAUACCAGAUGACGAUGCUUUUUUAUUACGUUUCCUACGAGCUAGAAAAUUUGACAGCAAAAAAGCUUUUCAUAUGCUGCAAAGAUAUUACCUCAUGAAAUUAAAAUAUCCUGAAUUAUUUUCCUGUCCCGUACCUUCAGAAUGCGAAAAAGUUUUUAAUUUGCAAGCGCAGAAUAUGCUGCAAGACAGAGACCAACUUGGCAGAAGAGUUUAUGUAAUAAGAAUGGAUUAUUUUGACUCAAAUGUUAUUACAAUUGACGACAUUUUUCGAACAAAUGUUUUAGCUCUCGAGCAAAUUGUCCGUGAACCGGAAACACAAGUCGCUGGAAUUGUUUUAGUCCUCGACAUGGCAGGGUUAAGUCUACAACAUGCAAAAUUUUUUACUCCAUAUUACGCAAAAAAAAUGGUGGAAUUAGUUCAAGAAACAUUUCCUCUCAGAUUUAAGGGCUUCCAUAUUGUCAAUGAGCCUUUCUAUUUCGAUGCUGUGAUGGCUGUACUUAAACCAUUUGUUAAAGAGAAAAUCAGAAAAAGAAUAUUUUUACAUGGUAGUGACACUAAUGCUCUUCAUGGUUUUAUUUCAAAUGAAAUAUUGCCUUCUGAAUAUGGCGGGAAUGGGGGCACUUUUGAUAACAAGUCCUGGUAUAUGAAACUACUUACCGAGGAAGAGUAUUUUCAGGACUUGAUGAAAUAUGGAUACAAGAUUAAUAAUUCUGAGAUAGAUGAUUAAAAUUGUGUAACUGGUAAUGAUGCCAUAAUAAUAAUAAUAAUCAACCUUGCAAAUUUACAGCAAGAAUUUUGAUAAUAUAAUUGCCAUUAGAAAGCUCAAGGGUUUAUAUAAAUAAUUAUUGCUCUUGUUAUACUCCUAGUGACAGGAUAAAAGUAUUAUGUUUAUUUUGUUAAUGCUUAGAUGGCUCUGUUACCUAUAAAUUGUUAAGCUUGACAUAUUUUAUGAAAAUUAGUUUAAUAUAAUUGUAUAAUAACACCCUUACAUUGAGAUAAUAGAGAGUAUUUUU